AUGUACUCGACCACCUCGCAUCUCCCUGUCUCGGCGUCCUUGAACGGCGGCAUUGGAGGAAGCAUAAUGGAUCCGUCCGUGUUGUCAGGCUCCACCUCCAGCAUCGCCCCUCAGCCAAGUCCUCGCGGCAUAAAACGAAGCCGCUCGCCGGAGCAUGCGGAAGACGUCUACGCGACUGAGCGCGGAGAUGAAGUCCAGCCCCAGGGAACGCUGCCCGCUCCUGGUCCGGUUCAGACGCCGCAGCUCAAGUCACAGUCCCUGCCGCAAACAUCACCACCUCAAUCAUCCCCUCCGAAGUCCACUCCCACGAAAAGCACGGUACUAAAGGCACUGCCGACAGUUAGAGACCACACGACCGAUCAGCUUAAUCCCGAAGGCGAUGAGUAUAUACCGCGUGAAUUCGACGAGGCCGGAGAGAAGAAGGUUACCACCACCGGACAUCCGUUAGACGGCAGAGAAUACCGAUGCCGCACGUUCUUCGUUCCUAAUAGAGGCGACAAGCUUUUCAUGCUCGCCACAGAAUGCGCACGAGUGUUGGGUUACCGUGACUCAUAUCUGCUCUUCAACAAGAACAGGUCGCUGUACAAAAUCAUCGCCACCCAAGCCGAAAAGGAUGACCUCAUCCACCAGGAGAUCCUGCCGUAUUCUUACCGCUCUCGGCAAAUAGCCAUCGUCACGGCCCGGUCCAUGUUCCGCCAAUUUGGCAGCAGGCUCAUCGUCAACGGCAGACGCGUGAGGGACGACUACUGGGAGAGCAAGGCCAGGAAGCAAGGCUUCACCGAAGAUGACCCCGCUGGCGAGAAGCGGCCAGGUGCAGCAAGACAGAGAGAAGCCGCCGCAGCAGAGGCCAACAGCCACGCAUUGACCGCGUUGCCACACGGAGAGAUCAUCUACAGCAACGGACCCGGCCAAUUGGACGUUCCGCCCGGGGUACACCCGGGUACCCUGGGACCUUUGCCUAUGAUCAACCUGGCUCCCGCAGAUGAGCUGCGUGCGAGAGACUUUGGUGGUCUCCAGAGGCCGAGGCAUGAGAUAUCUGGCCCUGCCUACGAGGGUCGGAUGAUACCAAGCACUGCCAGCGAGAUACUGAAUCAGGCAGCGCACGCUGCAGAGUACAACAAGAAUCUCAGUGGGCAGCGAACGGUUCGCAGCAACUACAUGGACGAGUACUGGAAGAGACCGCACGAACCCGUGCUCGCAAACCACCAGCGCCAGCCCACGGUUGAGGGUGAAGGUGUCCCGAGCACUCAGCAAGGACUCCCAUCUCCCAGGCCGAACGCGAACCCGAUGAUACCAGGACAGCAAACGUUGCCAUCGCACGCUCAACAAGGACCGUCGCAAAUGAUGACGCCUCAGCAGCCGUACACGCAGGCCUCACACGCACCAAACACGAUGGUUCAGACGCCGAUGCGGCCUAUGCAUCAGCCUCCUCAUCUACAACAUCGGUCACCGAGUAUGAACAUGGGACCUGGGGGCGGCCCGGGCCAACCAGGCCCGUACGGUUAUCCGCAGAACCAAAUGUGGCCCCCACCACAGCCACAGCCAUCUCCGUUGUCGCAGCAGCAUAGCAUGCAACAAUUCGGUCAGCAACAGUCGCCUCAUCCGCAGCCGUCGCCUCUGCACGCGCCACCUCAAAUGCAUCAUCCUCAAGGCAGUGCGUCAAUGCAUGGGGGCCCGAUGGGCUAUUCGACAAUGGGCGGCAUGAACCCUGCGUACAGGAACAUGGGUGGCAAUCCGUACCAGGCAAGCCCUAGUCCUCAGCACUUCAAUGUGCAUCAGAGUACUGGCGCGCCACAACCGGGUAUGCAGGGCUGGUCACAAGGACCCCCUCAGCAGGCGCAGAAUUGGCAGGGUUUCUAA